AUGCUUGCUCACUUGCCUCUACACGGUGAAGACCUUGUAGACGAAUUCUCUCCCCCGGCUGCUCGGUUUACGCAUUUGGCCAUGCUGAAAGCAUCAAUUCUCUGCGUUGCAUUCGUGUACGCCCUGCUUAUAUGCGGGCCCGUACAGGCUGCCGACAAGGCGAAGGUUAGGCCGUACAUCACAACGACUGAAUUUGGUACGGCGGUGUACACGGUUCCCUCUGCUUUUCCCACGUCGGAGUUCCCUUCGAUGGAGUAUAUGCCGUCUGGCCGUGAAGGCGCGCCGCGCCCUGUGAUCACCAAGGUCACCGGCGGAGAGUAUUCCAAGGCGCUGAAUGAUCCCAUGAAACUGCCCUCUGCCGCGCCGAGUUCCGAAGGUGUGCUUCCGCAGCCCUCUUCCAGCGCUGCAAGCAAAGUCGGCGACAAGGACAAGUACCGCAAGAACGCACUGCGACACCUGGAGAGCAUCAUCGACAACAACCAGACCUCGACGUGCGAUAGGUGCCGUUCAGCCCUCCGGUACGGCCAAAAAGUUUCUCGCGCUGCCCCCGACAUUGUGCCUGGCCUCAUGGUCGAUCUUUGCAAAAAGUACAAAUACGAGAAAAACCCCACCGUCGAUAUCGGUUGCGAAGGCGCCCUUGGCGCCUCUCAGCUAGGCGGUGUGUAUACACAGGUGCUCAGCUUUGCCAACUUUGAAGACGGGUCGCCUGGCCUUGACUACCUUUGCGCGCGGUACAUUUAUGGCAAUAGCUGCGAAUUACCCGAGAUGGACAUCCUCUCCCAAGACUUUUUGAGCGACUGGUUCAAUGGCCAGCUGCAUCCGCCUGCCAAGGUUGUGAGCCGCUCCAAGAAAGUCGGGCCCAAGGCAGACAAGAAGCUGCGUGCGCUGCACGCCUCCGACUUCCACGUCGAUGCUCGCUAUCUCGUGGGCGCUGAAGGCGCCUGCACCAGCGGCCAAUGCUGCCGCAGCGACUCGUUCAACAAGACGCUUUGGGACAAGCCCGUGUUUGAGGCCGGCACUCUGCCCAGAGAUAACAUUUCCGAGCCUGCGAGCUACUAUGGUUACUACCACUGCGACCCACCUUGGUCGCUGAUUGCCGCUGGCAUGCAAGGCAUCUCGGGCAUUAUCAAGGAGGGCGGCGAUUUUGAUGUCGCUUUGUUCACUGGCGACUUGGCGACGCACGAUGCCGACUGGCACAUUUCCCAGGACCUUGUAAAGUAUUCGGAAGAGUCGCUCUACGACAUGUUCCAUCGCCACUUGGGCAACACGACCAUGGUCGUUGCGCUUGGAAACCACGACUCUUCUCCGGCGGACUUUGUCUCGGUCUCGGAUCUGCCCGACAAUCUCAGCGGCCAACUCAGCUGGGACUAUGACAACGUUGCUGCCUUGGUCAAGUCGAACGGCUGGGGCAACGACAGCAUUACGGAGAAGAUCAAAACGCACUACGGAGGGUAUUCGAUUAGCCCUCGUCAGGGUUUGCGUAUGGUUGCGCUGAACAGCGACUUUUGGUACAAAGGUAAUCCGAUGAGCUACUUGGACCUGUCCAACCCCGACCGCAGCGGUAUGCUGCGUUGGCUCACCGACGAGCUGCAGGAAGCCGAAGACAGGAACGAGCGCGUUUGGAUCAUUGCACACGUGCUUACUGGCUGGAGCGGCCGCGAUGCACUGGACAACCCUACGAACUUGUUCUACCACAUUGUCUCGCGCUACAGCCACACCAUUGCACACAUCUUUUUCGGGCACACACACGAGGACGAAUUCCAAGUGUUUUACGAGUCCAGCAACGGUAACUCGAGUUCAGUGAGCAAGAAGACCAAGGAUGCCCGCGCCAUGGCAUUCAUCGGCCCAUCGCUUACCCCCCUGACCAACGUAAAUCCCUCGCUGCGUGUUUACGAAGUUGACCCCCAGACGUACGAGGUGAUGGACUACCUGCAGUACUACACACCCGUUUCCGAGUUUGGAAAUGUCGGCGACAAUGGCCCUAUUUGGCACCUUUUGUACAAGGCGCGCGAAACGUACGGCACGUUUCGUGCGAGCCUCCAAGCGGGAACCUAUGAUGCCCCCGUGGCUCUUUCCGACGACGGCGUGUGGCCCGACGAUGCGCCGCUCAAUGCGUCUUUCUGGGCGGCGCUUACCGACGAGAUGGAGCAGCGCCCGUCGCUUGUGGAGCUCCACCACAUGUACCAAGGCCGCAACAGCCCCCGCUCGCCUUCCUGCAGCACCAAGGAGUGCCACGAGGCCAAGAUUUGCUACAUGCGCAGCGGUUCGAGCAACCUUGGCCGUAGCUGCCCCAGUGGCUUUGACUCUGUGCAGGGUGGAUGA